CGGUUGUGGUGAGAUCUACACGCGAAACGGCGUACUAGAUCCGCGGACGGCGAUCCAGUGGUCGCUGAAGAUUGCGGUGUCGCGGCCGUGAUAUUCCUCGUGUGUGCGAAAAUGUCCGCGAAAACGUUUCCCGUGGAAAAACUGGUCCGUGUCGGCUACUACGAACUGGACAAAACGAUCGGCAAGGGCAAUUUCGCGGUGGUCAAGUCGGCGACACACAUCGUCACCCGUACCAAGGUGGCGAUAAAAAUAAUCGACAAGACCGUGCUGGACGAGGAGAACCUCACGAAAAUAUUCCGGGAAACGGCGAUCCUGAAAAAACUGAGGCACCCGCAUGUCACCCGCCUCUACCAGCUGAUGGAGACCAAACAGACCAUCUAUUUAGUAACGGAGUACGCCAGCAACGGCGAGAUUUUCGACCAUCUGGUUGCCAAGGGCCGUAUGGCUGAGCCCGAAGCGAAACGAAUCUUCAGCCAGAUAGUUUCGGCCGUCAGUUACUGUCACGAGCAGGGCGUCGUUCACCGGGACUUGAAGGCAGAGAAUUUGCUCCUCGACCACAAUUUUAACAUCAAGCUUGCCGAUUUCGGCUUCAGUAAUCAAUUCAGCGAGGGCUGCGCCCUUUCGACCUUCUGCGGCUCGCCCCCCUAUGCCGCCCCCGAGCUGUUCCUCGGGCUGAAAUAUGAUGGGCCAAAGGCGGACGUUUGGAGUUUGGGCGUGGUCAUUUAUGUGCUGGUGUGCGGUUCUUUACCGUUCGACGGUCCCACGCUCCAAGCCCUCCGAAACGUGGUCAUCGAGGGGAAAUUUCGGAUACCCUAUUUUAUGUCGCAAGAUUGCGAACACCUCAUACGUCACAUGCUGGUGGUCGACCCCGAGAAGAGGCUCACCGUGACCCAAAUUCUCAAGCACCGGUGGCUGAGCGACGCGGAGGCGCCGCUGGAACUGGACGCCGAGGAGGACCAACGGCUCAACGACACUGUCAUAGAGCACAUGCUUCAGUUGCCGGGGCUGGACAGGGCCGCGGUGGCCAGAUCUCUGGAAACCAACUCUUUCGAUCACAUCUACGCCAUCUACCAUCUGCUGCUCGACAAACUUAAGCGGCGCACCAUGAAUUUCCAGAGCAAAGUCGCCGCCAGGCAAAGGAAACGGCCGGAGGCGUGCGAGUCGUCCUUCCUCUCGGCGAACGUCAACGAACGCAGCGAGUCGUUCAACGAGCGACUGUCCUCGCCGGGCACCCCCGCGGACGAUAGACUGAACUCGUUCCAAUCUCCCACUUGGAGAAGGGAAAGCUUUAACGAGAACUGCCUGAGGGGCGAGCCGCCGUUCGGGAUCGCCGCGGAACGCCGCCGGUCGUUUAACGACGGCGAGGAGGUCGGCUCGCCAUUCGUGUCGAUGCCUGCGAUACCCGCCGUUUAUUUGGCCGACGGCGACGGCGAAGGCGGCGAACAGCAACCCCUUGAGAAAUUCGGCGAGAUGGACCUGGACCAAGGCGAGGAUACGUGCUCGUUGGCGAUACCGUCAGCGUCGACGGGCUACGGUUCCUCGUCCGGCGACAAGUACCUCACCGCGAGACGUCACACGGUCGGACCCGGCGACUGCGCCCACGAACAGGUACUCGAAAACCAUUACAUGGGCGUGCCCGUGUCCGAGGGCUCCGGACCGAACCCGUACGGGAACCUCCAUUUGCCGGCCCUCGCCCACCAGAAUCCACGCUACUUUAGCGGCAAAGAUCCCCACCUGCUGAAGCCGCCGACUGUCUUAAGCGCCGCCGGGGGCUUCGGAAGGCGGGCUUCCGAUGGCGGGGCCAACUUGCACAUGUCGUGGGGCGCGCCCGGUUCCCACGAGCACCUGUCGAUGAUGUCGAAUAGCUCGAGCGGCAACCCGAGCAGCCUAAGUAGCGGGACGGCGGGGCAGGCGCUCGACCACGCCCAGCUCGACGAACUGGCCGCGGCCGCGAGGUAUCUUCAGGGCCGCGGCAACACCAAGAGGCACACGAUGGCCAACCCGGAGGACGUACACUCGCUGCAGGCGACGACGUCCGCGGCGUCGGGCGGACGCACGCGCAGGACCGGCCUCUUAACCGUGACCGAAAGACCGCCGGUAAUACCGCCCGAAGUCGUGAUGGAGGUCGAGGCGCGCAUGCGCCGCAACUACAUGCCGUCGCUACUGCCGCAGCAGCGUAAGCAUAGCAGACACGUUAAGCCCCAAUUGCCCACGGUGCAGGAACUGCAGGGUCGCGAGCAAAAGUCGGCCGAACGAUUCUCGCCUGUGAGGCGGGGCAGCGAGGGAUCGGCGAGCGGAUGCCGGAACCUGAGCCCGUCCACGCCGCAGCAGGAGUGCCAGCGGCUGCAACGCGGCCUCCAGAACCGGUCCAGCCCGCCCAGAUCUAUACCGGGUUCGCCGAUUCACCAAAUGAUGUCGGACCCGGCGCUGCGGCACCAGCUCGCUUCCGAAGGGGCGUCCCCUAUUCACCAGUUUUACCCGGCGUCGAUUGGCGUGGACCCGACGCUGGGCCUGCCGCCCGAGAACUACAUACCGGGCGCGUUGGGCGGCUACGACAGGAGUCCCCUGCACGGGGGCGGCGGGGGAGGACAGCUAUUUUCACCGGGUCUAAGUAUGUUUCCCACCGGGACGUCUCAGAUUCUUAACCCCCUGCUGAGUCAGUCUCCCGCCUACGGCUGCGCGUCGACCGGCAGCGGCGGCACCAGCUUGUCCUCGAUUACGCAAGGUUUGAGCGGUUUGAACACGGCCGGAGGAUCGAUCACGCAGGGCACGCCUUCGGUUAGUCUGCAACUGGGGUCCGUCGUCCACGACGACAAAAUGGACACCGGUCCGAUAUCGCUCGGCUCGUAUCACCUUCACCAGGUGCCCCAUCAUAUGCACGUGCUGAACGUGCACGGUCACCGGAGUCUCACCAACUCGCCGAUCAGCAAUCCGGGCAGCCCGGGGCUCGACAUGAUCCAGGAGGAGGCGUCUUCGCAGCAUCCGCAGGCGAAGGCCGAAGGCCACCCGCAGAUAUCCGUCACGGACGUGUUGGGCAGCGAAGUGACCCUCGUGGCCGGCUCGGACACGUCCGAGGACUCGAUGGACAGUCUGGAAAAUCACCGGGUGUCGAAAAUCCCGUCGUUUAUAAUAUCGGAACCGUCGGAGAACACGCCGAGCAUCACGAGGGGCAUCGGACGCAAGACGAGUCAAGAGGGCGAGCCUAGGACGACGGAGGAGCAGCAGCAGCAGCCGCCGCCCCCCCAACCCGACGAGUUUUUUUUAAGAAGGAACUCCUGCUACUCGGACGACUCGCUCUCCAACGACAGCCUGAGCAUCGGCAACCAGAGUCCGAGUAGUAGCUCGAACACUCAGUCGAGCCACGCGUUCGAUAACGAAUUCCGGCACCGGAGCGUCGAUUCCGCCCAGUUAAACAGGGAACUGUGCAACGCGGGGGGCCAGGCGCAAAACUUUCAGAUAUUUCAGAACCUGAAACUGACAUUGAACGAAACGUCGGGCCGUUUCGUGGACGAGGCGCGCGCGUCUUUCUCCGCCCACCCGGCGACCCUGCACAAGAACUCUGGCAGUUUCGAGUUGGAACUGAGCGACGUUUGCUCGCGCCUCCACUCCAACGACAUCCUCGAGAUGGUGAAGAAGACCAUCAACGACCAGAUACCGCCCAAGCAGCUGGUCAGCUCGCAGGACGUCUCCGACCGGCUGAGCCUCGAGUACGAGGGCGGCAUCCAGAUCGAACUCAAGAUCGUCGACAAGCAGAAGCACUCGAAGGGGCUCAAGAUGCGUCGGAUAUCGGGCGACCACCUGAUCUACAACCAGCUGUGCCAACAGCUCAUCUCGUGCAUGACGGUGUCUUAGCGUCUUGGCGACGACGCGGCGUCGGUGUAGGUCGCGGGGGGUCCCCAAAACACAUUCCAUUUGAUGGUAUUUGCAUCCUGAAUUUUACGUCGACUGAUUGCGCGCAUUUUGUAAAUACGUCACCAUUUUGUAAAUAGCGAAGAAACUCACCCUCGCCCCUCCCGCCAUUAUUUCACAGGACAAGGUUGGCGGAACUCGUAAUUUCUAACUUCCGUUUGGCUAUCUAGCCUCGCGAGCGCCCCCCUGUAUAUUUUUUUUACCGACAAAUAUUGUAAAUAUAUACAUAAACGCUCUUUUCAAGCAUUCCUAUGAAGGCGGGCUCGGCCCCGCCUCCCAUUAUAUUGUAAUAAUCGCCUAGCACAAAUUAAAAAAACAUACUAUAGCAGGUAGGCUAGUGACAGCGAUAGGUUUAAGACUUUUUACUAUAUUAUAAGAGCCCGCCUCACCGCGUCUCAGAUUUCACAUCAUUUUCCGGGCGACGGAAAUUAUUUCCGGCAUUUACAAAAAAAAGAUGGAUAAUAUUUUUCUGUCAAUUCGAAUCUGUGAUGUCAAUAAAUAAUCUG